CUUGGCAUGAUGACGAGUCAAGUAGAAGGCCCAUAAUUGGCCUUGCCGAUAGAAUUGACCGAAGUAAAGUCAACUGGGAAGGAGAGAGAAUACAUACUCUAUAUGUGGGUCGGUCACCUCCCAAGGUUGCCCACCUUGAAUCCCUCAGGCAUCAGGCUGUCACGUGUGACCCACCCGUGCCAACUGGAAAAGAAAGAGGCGCUUACCCGAUGUGGCAGGUCACCUCGGUCACGGGGCCCACAGGCGGAGACAAACCGCAGAAAAAACACAAAAACAGAAUUCGAGGCUCACAACAAACUCUGUUGAGCCCUUGACAGCAAACCAUUGACAGCAAAUCGCAAGCUGGGUGGUCCUGGAUCCAACGGUUCUGGAACAUGAAUCAUUUGACAG